AGGGGGCAAUGUAGUUGACGAAUGUCAAGACUCGGGUGAGAGUGCGAAGACUGAAAUGCGGCACUUCAUUGGCUCCAUCCACGAUUCUCUUCUCCUCGGCAUGUCUCUUGGUGUUCAUGUACAACGCAGCAAUAUCAUCUGCGGCGUGUUCAUCCUUGAUGCUGCUAUUCCUCAGGUACGUCUUGACGAUGGUGACCAGGUCCUUCACAUCCUUGUCAGGACUGUCAACGUAGAGCUCAGUGAAACGAGACCGAAUGCCGAUAGGAAGAUCCCGCUUGCCCACAUCUGUCGCCGGGUUCAUGGCACCAAAGAUGCGGAAGCUGGGGUGUGCUCUGAUCCUCUCGAUCUCUCCCGUUUCGGACAAGAGAAUCGAGGGGGUCUCAACGGGUCCUGUCAGUAGGUCCGCGAUGGCUUCCAAAGUGUCAGGCGAUGCCAAAUUAAUCUCGUCGAGGAGCACCCAGUCACCAUUCCGGGCAGCCUUAAUAAUGUUGCCCUCCACGAAUGAGAAUGCGAACGCGGUUGAGCCUCCAGAUAAUUGGACCUCGAAUUGUUCCAGGCUGUUGGAGAACUUGUCCCAACGGGGGCUGAGUUCCAUGAGGCUCUGAAGCUUGGACUCGGUCUUGCGGCGCUUCGUUGGCUGACCUGCCUCGUCACGAGCUUGGCUCUGCUCCCUCUCGCGCCGGGCAAGCUCGUCGAUGAUCUUCUUGAACAUCUUGGGCGCUUCACGCCAAUACUUGGCCGCUUUCGCCCACUGCCCUUUGGCGAAUGACU